GUAUAUUUGAAGCGUAAAAAUUUAGAACAAUAAUAGUUUGAAAACGAUUACUAAUUGCAUAGAAUUUUAUGACUUUUUCCUAAAUUGUUUAGAAUUAACAAUAAAUGUUUUUUAUUUUCCAAAGUAAGAUUAAAUUUAGAAAUAAGUCAAUAUCCUGAUUAUAUUCCCUAUUUCAAAAUGGUGCACAAUAAUUAAGAGUAAACUUUAAAGCUAUUUUAGUGGAUGCUAGAUAAUUUGUUAUGGAUAGUAUUAUCUAGGGUUGAAAAACUCGACAUUUGUAUAUAAAUGCAGAGAAAAUAAUAAUGAAUCAUUUCAAAAUAUUUUAAUAAAUUAAUAGAUACAAAAGUGCGAAUAUAACGAAUAGGGUCUCAAAAAAGGAAGAUGGAUUGAAAUUGACAAAAAUUUCUCAAAGUUGUUAAUUUAUUUCAUAUUUGAUUUAGAAAGUGCUAAAUUAUUUAAAAUGGUGAAUAUAAUAAUGGUUAAAAGUGCAAUCAAUGGAAUAUACUCUAUAGAAAAAAUUAAAGUGAGGAAUGGAGAAUUAUGUAAGCAAUUUCAUAUUAAUGAUACUAGAGGAGGAGGAAAAUAUGAUAGUUAAGGAAAAAAAUAAGGUAAAUGGGUUAUUUUGGAGAAAAAAACAAAGUAUUGUCAUAUAAAUUAAGAUUUGAUUAUUAUGAUUGG